GUUUUUGUGUAUUGAGAUUGAUUUUAAAAUUUUCCCAAAAAAACUCAUAAAUCAUCUUUUAUUCUUGAAAUUUUAUUUUCAAAUAUUAACAACAAUAAAACAAAAGUAAUCACAAACAAAGAAAGAUGUCGCAAAGCAUAUCUGCAGCACCGCCAUUGCACGACAUACCGCUACCCGGUGUCGAAGAACGUGGCGACGCGGCGUGCGAAGCACACAAAGCAAACAACACUAAGGCCAACUCGUUAAAACGUUUCUUCAAAUUGACACAUCGACGAAAUAACGGUGGCGAAGAGAUGCCUACCGGUUCGUGUGAUGUAUUGCCCGAAGAUGGCGGAGAACCGAAAGACGAAAUCGUCAGGGAGGAAGCGGACAAAGAUGGUGAGCUGGAUAAGCCAAAGAAGGAGCAUACGAGACGCUUUCAUUUGCGCCUCGGUGGCGUUACGCGCAUAGCGGAACACGCUAAUGCCACCAAUUUCAUGCCAAACGCACCGAGUCGACAGUCGUUGAAGAACUCCAUUUCCAGCUACUGGCACACAGUAUUUCGACGUGCAAGUAAGAAAGUUGUCAGGCAAAGUUCCGAGCGGAACGACGACGAUGAAGAGGACUGUGAUGAGGUGGAAGAGGAAACCAACGAGGUGGAAUUGGACGAAGAGUUGCACACGCUGCCGAUCUCAGAUGAUACCAUCGAACAGGUGACUCAAUCGAACAAAUAAAGCAGCACAAAAGGAUGAGUGAAAGUAAGGAAGGCAAACAUUUACGCAAGCAAUUGUAGGUUUCGUGGCACAAAAAUACAGCUGGUGGUAGUGUGGCAACUUAAAAACUCUCGGUAUAUGCAAAAAUCUUUGUGUGCAUUUUUAUUGUUUUCAACAUUUUAUUUAGACCCAAUGUCACAAUACGAUUUUAUGCUAUUUGCGGCAAAUUUAUUUUGUUUCGAAAAUUUGUCAU